AUGGUUUUCGGAGUCUACACAGGUCCGCAGGAGCCAGAGAAGCCUCUUGCGUUGAUGACCCAGGAAGAGCAGGCGGAAAUGGGCGCUAAGAAGAUGGUCGAAGCCAUGCAGUCGUGCCCGGGCAAAACCGUGAUGGCUGGUGGCUCCGGGUUCUUUUUGGGUGGAUUUUUCGGCUUGUUCAUGGCGUCGAUGGCCUACGAUGUUCCCGUUGGAGGCAGCGGGGCAGGCCAUAUUUCCGAGCUUCCUUUCAAACAGCAGAUGAAGCUCCAGUUUUCGGACAUGGCGAAGAGGUCGUACUCGAGUGCCAAGAACUUCGGGUACAUUGGCAUGAUUUUCUCUGGCGUGGAGUGUUCCAUCGAAAGUUUACGUGCCAAACACGAUAUCUACAAUGGAGUCAGCGCCGGGUGCAUCACGGGGGCGGGGCUCUCUAUUAAGGCCGGGCCACAGGCGGCCUUGUUGGGCUGUGCUGGCUUUGCUGCCUUUUCCACGGCGAUCGACCUUUAUAUGAAUUCCGAGCACGCGGCCCCACCAAGAAACGACUACGACGAUUAA